CUAACCUGUCUCAUCUCGCGUUCCUUUUCCUUUUACACUACACAUUUACAUAAACAGUAACCGCGGCUUUCCAUGAGUGCAACAUUCUCUGAACUGAACGAGGCCUGGUCAGCAGGCACGCCAUUUGCUCCUCCAUUGCCAGUGUCAGUGCACCCUCCCUUGGCUAUGCUAACCUUGUCUGUCGGCUUGUUGUUUGCAGCAAAGUUUGGCGUCGCCCAGAAACCGUCGCUGGUGCAUGACCUUGCAACGACUAUUCCUAGUGCACUUUUGCUUGGAUUCGGGACCGUGUUCCUAUUUCUAGCAGUUGGACUCUAUGUGUGAUCAGAUCGAUUGAAUGUCUCUAGAAGAAUAAAAAGAAAGAAAGAAAGAAAUAACGUUUGAUUGAAGUAAAAG